AUGGAAAAAACUACAGAAAAGCUUCCAACAAUUAUAAUUGUUGGAGCAGGUAUAGGUGGACUUACUUUUUAUCAUUCAGUUCGAAAAAAUCUUGGACAAAAAUUUAAAGUUAAAAUAUUCGAACGUGAGUCUGGUCCUCAAGAUCGUUGGCAAGGUUAUAAUAUUUACGUUAAUAGAAAGGGAGUUACCUCCUUAUUUUAUUGUACACCACCAGAAGUCCAAAUCCGUUUUCCUGAAGCAAUGCCAGAUCCAGUCCCUAAGGAGCAACAUUCUAUAUCGAUGAUUGACCAUGUAGGAAGACAAUUGAUUUGUUUACCACAACGCAAACCUAAAACCGUUUAUGAAAUAGAAAGUAUUAAACAUGAUUACGCUGGAUUAGUUUCAUAUCGUAAUAGAUUACGAGAUAUUUUAUUAGAAGGGGUUGAUAUUCAAUGGGGUAAAAAAUGUGUCGGAUAUGAAGAAAGUGAUGACGGAGUUUGGGUAUUGUUCGAAGAUGGAACAAGAGAAUUUGGAAAUUUAUUAAUUGGUGCAGAUGGAAUUAAUUCACCAA